UUCAACUUUGUGGGCCGCAUCCUGGGCCCGCGCGGGAUGACGGCCAAACAGCUGGAGCAGGAGACCGGCUGCAAGAUCAUGGUGCGCGGCCGCGGCUCCAUGCGCGACAAAAAGAAGGAGGAGCAGAACCGCGGCAAGCCCAACUGGGAACACCUGAGUGACGAGCUGCACGUGCUCAUCACCGUCGAGGACUCGGAGAACAGGGCGGCCGCCAAGCUGCAGCGCGCUGUCGAUGAGAUCAAGAAGCUGCUGGUGCCGUCGGCGGACGGCGAGGACGAGCUGAAGAAGCGCCAGCUGAUGGAGCUGGCCAUCAUCAACGGCACGUACCGGGACUCCAGCAAGCCGUCGCCGGAGCUGGCGCUGAGCGCCGGCCUGCCGAGUUCAGCAGCGGACGCGGCGCCUCGGCUGCAGCUGACCCAGAUGGCGGCCGGCCUGGGCGGCCUGAUGACCUCGCAAAUCCGCACGCCGGCCUCGCUGGGCGCGCCGCUGAUCCUGUCGCCGCGCAUGGCGGCCGGCACGGCGCUCAUCAACUCGGGCCCGCCGCCGCUCAUCAGCGCCGGCGACGCCGCCCUGCUUUACGCCCAGUACGCGCCCGACUACGCGGCGCAGUACGCCGCCCAGCUGGCGCAGCCACUCCACCUGGCCGACUACACAGCCGAUCCGACCGGUGUCGCCGCCUCCAAGCAGCGGCGCAUGUUCGCACAGGUCCGUGAGCAUCCGUACCAGAGGACGGGCUCACUCUCGCAGUUGUAGUGUGUGUUGAUGGAGCAGGUUAGUCUACACGUGUCACGCUGUCAUGCGGCUCACGCCGCCGUGUUCCUCUCCUCGCCUCUCCUGGCUCUCUCUCUCGUGCCCGUCCGCCUCGCGCCUCGGACCCGACUCUCCCCUCCAGCGGCGAGGGCCGUGCCCCGACCCGCUCGUGUCCGUGCCCGAUCCGCGCCUGCCCCACCACACGCGGAGCACCGCGUCACCGGCCGCCGCUCGCCUCGUCCUCGGGUGCCGGCUCUGAGUCGCAGCCGUCGGUGGCGGUCCCGGUCGGCGGACCCGUCUGGCCGGCGACCGCCGCGCGGUGCCCCUAGUCACGCGCUCCUCGUCAGGGCCGCCCGGCUGGUGGCAGACGGGGCAGGCCGGCGGCCGCCCCCCGGCCCCUCCACACUCCCCCGGCGGCCAAUACUCAGACCCGGGCCGCCCCACCCCCAACGUUAUAUGUAUGCACGGAUGUGUUUACAUACACACGCACACCAAGUGAUAUUUUCCAGUUGUGCUUGUCGGUGACAUUGUAUAAAUAGUGAUUUCCAGUUUCAUUUUGUAUGUUUAUUGGUCACCAGAGGCAUUAUAUGUAUCGAGAAAAGCAAUAAAAAUACUCUCAAUCUUG